UUCUGGUUAUUUGCUUACAGAAAUUUGAUGUCUGAUCUUUUCUACUAUUUUGUUGAAAACAUAGAAACACAGGGGGGGCAAGAUAGCCAGCAGCAACAGUCGCUGGCUUCUGGUGCUUGGAACCAAGGGCUGCAUCAUACACACCCCUGGAUGCAAAAUCAGAUGCUUCCUCAUGCUUCUAUGAACAGAACACAAGGGAAUGCCCUGAACAUUCCAGUGAGUGCAGCUAUGUAUGGUAUCUUCAAUAGUCAAGGCAAUACACAGGUAAACUUGCCUGUGAACCUGGGUCCACAUACUUCAGUGGGUGACUCCAACCAAGUGUCUACUGCGCUGCAACCCCCUGCAAACAAAGUCGCUUAUGAAGCCCCCAUGUCAUACAUGCAACUCCUACUUGCUGCUGAAGAAGAGGGUGCUAGAUAUGCAUCCUCACAAUCGCAAGAAGAUCGCCUUGUUCGUACUAAGAACGAUAUGUACAUGAUAACUGGGCGAUACAGUAGAUCUUCAGAAGAUCUAUUACAAGCACACACUGGGGGUGGAGCUCAGCAUAUAUCUGGAGUCGAUGACCAGCAUGAUAUAGAGCUUGAACCUUUUGUUGACAACCGUUUUUUAGAAAGCUUGAAUGAUUUGAACUGGGACAAUGAAAUGCAGACAGAAGCAGGAGGAAACAAAAACGGCUCUAUGGUGUCAAAUGAGAUUGCUUCUGACAAUGAUUCUGAUUCCGAGGAUGAUCUUUCUCUAGCGUUGUUGCAAAAAGCCUCUGAGAUUACUGUUACAACUGCUGGAGAACAAGAAAACAGUGGUGCAGCUGGCGAAGUUCAAAAAUUAACACAGGAAGAUAUACUGAUAUUGCUUGAAAAUGACAGUAUAGAAGCUGCUCAGAGUGCUAGCCAAGAAGUGCGCAGCCAUCACGUACCCCAUGUGGACAUGGUCUUUGAUACGGAUGAUGCAGCUUACAACUUUUACAAUGAGUAUGCCUCAAUUGCUGGUUUUUCUGCGAUCAAAGCAUCUCGAUAUUGUGGCAAGAAACAAGGAGGCAGUGCAGCAACUCGGGUAACUUUCAAGUGCAAUCGGUCAGGAAGAGUAAUUGAUGAAGAAGAACAAGAGAAUAGGAAGAAGAAACGACGUGACACAAGGCAACAGAAAACAGGACAAGAGCCCUAUCGCAACGCAAGGAAGAAAAAAGCAAACACCAUUGCAAUAACAGGGUGUAAAGCUCAGCUCAUUGUCACCAAGAAGGAUGAGAAGUGGGUGAUAACAACCAUAAACCUACAGCACAACCAUGAUUUGAGUCCUCACACAGAAGUGAAAUACCUUCGUUCUCAUAACUACAUGACAGAGGAGGAGAAACUCCUAAUCCGAACUUUCAAUGCUGUGAAGCUACCAACAAGACAAAUAAUAGCAAUCCUAAGUUACUUGAGAGGCGGGAACACUCCUUACACCAAAAAGUAUGUAAGCAAUGUUAGAACAGCCAUUGGCAAAGAGAGCAAUCAAAAUGACAUGAUGCAGGUGCUAACAUAUUUCAGGAAGAGACAAGCUGAAGAUCCACAAUUUUACUAUGCGUUCAAAACAACUAAAGUCUCUGAUGACGCAAGUAAAGUUUUGUGCAUUUUCUGGGCUGACGGGUAUUCUAGGAAAAUGUACGAGCUGUACGGAGACUGCCUCAGCUUCGACACAACAUUCAAGACAAAUAGAUACAACCUCCCAUUUGCUCCCUUUGUUGGUGUCACAGGACAUGGCCAGAACUGUUUCUUUGCUUGCUCUAUCAUAGAGAAUGAAACAGCUGACACCUUUCAAUGGUUGUUUGAGACAUUCUUGCAUUGCAUGGGUGGGAAAUCUCCGUCCACAAUCAUAACAGACGAGGAUGCUGGGAUGAAGACAGCUAUCCCUUUAGUUUUCCCGCAUAUCUUCCACAGGCGUUGUUUGUUUCAUAUUAAAAAGAAGGCUGAGGAAAAAUGUACUAGGACUUUUGCAGCAAAUAAAACACUGCAUGAUGAUUUCAGUGACAUCAUUCACAACUCUCUGACGGUGGCUGAGUUUGAGCAAUUGUGGACAGAGAUGAUCCAGAGAUACAACAUUGGGCAUGUGAAGUAUUUCCAAAUCAUGUGGAAGAAAAGGAAAAGGUUUGUCCCUGUGUAUUUCAAGACGGACUUCUUCCCCUUCAUUCACUCUACUGCGCGUAGUGAAGGCACCAACGCCAUUUUCAAGGACAAGAUCACGUCAACUCACAAUGUGAUCAGCUUCCUCCAAGAGUACCAGAAGAUUUCAGAAACCAUACAAGAUAAGGAGAGGGAGCAAGACUCUAUCACAAGAACAACUUCGCCGACAUUCUGGGCAAGAAGUGAGCUUGAGAUACAAGCUGCAAAAAUGUACAACAGAAAGAUAUUUUACAGAUUCCAAAAGAAAGAUAAAGUUUGUGCUGAAUUUGCAUGUUGA